UCACACAGGUUCUAGAAGAGGCAGAGUCAGAAUUGGAACAGAAAUCGGGCUGGCUCACCGCCUGCCCUGCCUCCUCUCCCCUCAUGUUCUGGGACCAGCGUCACCCUCUGGAUUUGGGUUUGGCAUGAGGUGGAGGCGGAGUGUGUGGGUCUGGGGAGACUCAGGUCUGGUCCAAAAGGUCCCACAGCCUGCUGUCUCCUCAGCCGCAUCCCUCCGGGUGAGCAGAGCGAGGCCCUGGGAGGGGCUGUACCCCUCCCUUUGAGGCCGCUGAAGAGGAACCCGUGACAUGUUACAUGGAACCUGGACCUUGUCACACCCUGUGCAUCUGUCCUGCUGGGCUCUAGGGACCAUGAGACCCUGCAGCACCACGACCCUGAACCUCAUUGUCCUUCUCUGCCUCGGGCUGUGUCGGGGCCCACAGGACCUGGUACAGGCAGGGGUGCUCCCCAAGCCCUCCAUCUGGGCUUAUCCAGGCCCCGUGGUCCCCAAAGGGAGCCGUGUGAUCAUCUGGUGUCAGGGUUCCUUGCAGGCUGAGGUCUACCGUCUGUAUAAAGAGCCUGGUUCUCAAGUCUUGGAUACAGAGACCCCACGGGACUCCAGCGACAAGACUGGUUUCCUUAUUGAAUCCAUGAGCUCAACCAAUGCAGGACGGUACCAGUGUGCAUAUUACACCAGAAGGAACAGCUGGUCAGAGGGGAGUGACCCCCUGUCCCUGGUGGUGACAGGCAUGUACGAUGCACCCUCCCUCUCAGCCCAGCCAAGUCCUGUGGUGGCUUCAGGAGAGAAGGUGUCCCUCUCAUGUAGCUCACAGUUCACAGGGGGCGCUUUCCACCUGCUGAAGGUGGGAGGAGCUGACCCGCCCAUACACAUGGAUUCAAGGAUCAAUUAUGGGAGGCGGCCGGCCCAGGCCCAGGCCCUCUUCCCUGUGGGCCCCGUGAAUACCUCCCACGGGGGGACCUACAGAUGCUAUGGUUCCUCCAGCUCCUAUCCCAAUGUGUGGUCACAUCCCAGUAAACCUCUGCAUCUCAAGGUCACAGGCGUGUACAGCAAGCCCACCCUCUCGGCCCAGCCAGGCCCAUUCGUGCUGCCUGGAGACAACUUGACGCUCCAGUGUCACUCGGAGGCUGGCUUUGACAGAUUCGCUCUGACCAAGGACGUGGGGCUCACACCCACCCAGGGCCUUGAUGGGCAGCACAGCCCCGACUUCCCCCUGGGCCGUGUGACCCGUGCCCACGGGGGCCGGUACAGAUGCUACACUGGACACAACCUGUCGUAUGCAUGGUCGUCCCCCAGCGCCCCCCUGGACAUCCUGAUCACAGGCAUGUACGAGAAACCCUCCCUCUCGGCCCAGCCAGGACCCUCAGUGUCCCGGGGAGAGAAUGUGACCCUGCAGUGUCGCUCUGAGACCUCGUUUGAUAACUUCCACCUGCACAAGGUGGGGUCACCGGCUCCUCCCCGGCACCUGCGUCUGCGGGACUGGGCUGCACCCUCUCAGGCCAACUUCCGCAUCAGUCUUGUGACCUCAGCCCACGGGGGCACUUACAGGUGCUACAGUUCACGCGGCACCUCCCCCUACCUGCUGUCACACGCCAGUGACCCCCUGCAGCUUGUGGUCUCAGGAGGCUCUGAGGAGGGGCCCCCCACCACCAUGGAGAGGGGUCUCCUGAAUGUUCUGAUUGGAGUCUCGGUGGCUUUUGUUUUGCUGCUCUCCCUGCUCCUCUUCCUCUUCCUCCGACACCGGUGUCAGGACAAAAACAGGACAUCAGUGGCUGCAGCAUCAGAGCCUGAGGACAGAGACCUGCAGAAGAGCUCCAGCCCAGCUGCUGACGUCCAGGAGGAGAACUUGUAUGCUGUCGUGAAAGACACACAGCCCGAGGACAGACAGCUGGACAGUGAGGCUGCAGCAUCUGAAGACCCCCAGGAUGUGACCUACGCCCACCUGAACCACUUAACCCUCAGACGGGAGACAAGUGCACCCCCUUCCUCCCCGUCAGAGGAGCCCCCAGAUGAGCCCAGCGUGUACGCUGCUCUGGCCAUCCACUAGCCUGGGAAGGGCCCAGACCCCACUCCAGGGAGGGGACCUGCAGGGACCCGGGAAGGCACAGGACCUGCCACCAUGGAGACACAGCUCACGACCCCAACCAGCCUGGAGACCUGACGCAGACCCCCAGCAGCUCCUGGGAACCUUUUGGAAGUCAAUUGUUUCCAGGGAUUCCAUCAUUACACAGCUCAUCUUAGUCCCUACCUACCAAAGGGACCUCGCUGACUGUAAGGCUCCCAUGUAACUACCAUCAAUUGAGGCCAUCAUUUUGCAAAUGGCAACCUCGGGGUGGGGGGGGAGGACCUGCUACCCAGCCCAUCAGCUGCAGCUGCCCCUGUGAAGCUGCGUGCUUAACUGACCUCAGAGCCCAAAAGCCCCCACAGGGAUGAACUACAGGGUGCAGAGGGGUUGCUCAAUUCGUUUCUCAUUUCCUGAGACCAAGCCCCUUCCUCCCUGGCCCAGUGCAGCUGCAGAGAAAAGGGAAGUCUGCUCCCUCCUGACCAUCAGUGGUUUCAGACUCCAAACACAGGGGGAGGGGUGCCUACAGUGUCCCUUCCCACAGACCAGAAUCCAUUUCCCACUUCUGACACAGAACUGGGGACCUCAUCAAUCACACCCAACAAGCUGUGAAGUGAGCCUGCGAUCUUGUCAAAUGUUCCCUCCCUACCAGAAACCAAUUAAAACAGGUGGAUGGGGUCAGCUCAGCUCCCACUGCCGCCCUUACACUCUUCCCAGGGAUCAGGGUUAGAGCUGGAAAUGUGAGCUGACCCUCACCCCACUUGCUAUCGA